AUGAGCGGGGAGAUCGGCACGCUCGUCGUCGUCGUCCUCAAGGCGCGCAACCUGAAGGACAAGCACACCUUCUACAAGCAAGAUGCAUACGCGCAGAUCCAGCUGCACAAGGAGACAAAGAAGACACAGAUCGACGUCAAGGGCGGUCAGCACCCCGUUUGGGACGAGGAGCUCCGCUUCUCGGUCGUGAAGCGCGUCGCCGAAGAAACCCGGACGCUCGAGGUGUCCUGCUGGUCCAAAGAGCCCCGCACAGACGAGUGCGUCGGCCGAGGAACUGUAGACAUAACCGAAACGCUCAAGACAGGCGAAUUCGACGACUGGGUGCCGCUGAAGAUGGAGGACGGCGCGUACCGUGGCGAUCUGUACCUGGAGAUGACCUACUAUGCGAAGACGCCCCCGCUGCAGCGUCGAGCAUCAAAGUGGAAGCCCACCGAGCGGCUCACCCGGCCG